AUGCUGUUUGGGUACCAGCCCUCCAAGAUAGAAGCCGAUGCUGUGAUGUCUUCAGUGAAUCCAAACACUUCCAGUCUAACACUCGAGGAGUUUUUAAACAUUAUAAGGAAGAAGAAGGAAGUUCAGCUGUACCGGAAUGAAAUAAGACACAUCUUCACAGCUUUUGACAGGCACUACCGUGGAUAUCUAACUUUGGAAGAUUUUCAGAAAGCAUUCAAGCAGGUGGCUCCCAAGUUACCAGAAAGGAUAACGCUCGAGGUUUUCAGGGAAGUAGACCGAGACUCAGAUGGCCAUGUCAGCUUCAAAGACUUCGAAUAUGCCAUGAACUACGGACAGAAGUGA